GCCUCCCCUCCCUCGUGCUCCCAUCACUCCCCUCGUACGCGCUGUCCUCAAAACCACUACCGCUGAUACGCUCGUCGGUCUGUGUACGUUCAUCCGACUGGGAGGAGGAGGAGGGAUUUAGCCGUCUCGGGCGACGUGCGAGCCUAGGUUACCAACCAUAGCCGCCCUCGUUAACGACGAUUACAAAAUCCCAAGAAAGUCCCCCUGGAACGAGUUUCGGUCCACCAGCCGCGGACUCUCGCACUCCCCUGGCUUUGUUUUCGUCGUCAGCCAGCGACACUUCUCUUGUUUUCCAGCCGGACCCAGCGGCGAGAUCUCCGUGCCACCAUCGUUACCAACAUCACAGGCGGAGGUUGUGUGAUGAGGUCGCCUUGCAUGGACUGGACCGCACAGAAAUAACAGUUUUCUUCAUUAGCCGACCCCUUCGAUUUGGAUUGAUUUGUCGCUGCGCUGUUUUCUGUUUUUUUCCCCCUUUUUUCCACCCCACUCUGCGUGACCUAAGGAAGGCUGAGGGAAUCGCCGAAUAUCCAUGAGCUCCGAUUUCCAGCACUACAGUUUCAGGAUGCCAAACAUAGGGUUCCAGAACCUCCCCCUUAAUAUUUACAUUGUGGUGUUUGGGACGGCCAUCUUUGUCUUCAUCCUCAGCCUUCUCUUCUGCUGCUACUUGAUAAGAUCCCUCUCACUCUGCUGCGAGAGGUUAAGGUUACUUGUAAUGAGGUUGCGGCACCAGGCGCACAAAGAGCUGUAUGCAUACAAACAAGUUAUUCAGAAGGAAAAAGUCAAAGAGCUAAAUUUGCAUGAGAUAUGUGCAGUGUGCUUGGAGGAGUUCAAGCAGAAAGAUGAACUAGGGAUUUGCCCAUGCAAACAUGCCUUUCACAGAAAGUGCCUCAUUAAGUGGUUGGAGGUGAGGAAGGUGUGCCCGCUGUGCAACAUGCCCGUCUUGCAGCUUGCCCAGCAGGCUGGCACCACGGACCCCCCUGUGCCAAUACAGCCUCUGCCUGGCGUUGAGAACCUGGUGUAGCAGACACAGACCUUCUGUUACCAUACACUACAGACACACACAAACACAUACGCAUCCCAGCACACACACACACACACACACACACACGCUUUCAGCUGUACAGGUACCCUUGUAUAUGAGUCUUGAGUACAGACAGGAGAAGCUGGAGUUACUAUGCAGAGACUCGCAAAAAUGUGAAUCUGCUGCUCUCCCUUCCUCUCUUAUCUUUGCCUUGGAUCACAAAAGGAUUAGAAUGUCAGCUCCUAUUGAUAUUGUACUGCUAUUUCUCAUUCAUUUUGUUCUUUUCACGGACAAUGAAGAAGAGGUCUAAGUUUUCUUUUCGGCCAAACUUUGGUCAGCAACUGUUUCACAACCAAAGCACUUUUCUGGGGACACCAGCAGAAGACAAGGAGGAAAAACAACAACAACAACAACAACAAAAGCCAAGAACUACAAAACAUUGAAAAAUAAAUGGUUGCUUUCUUUUAACAAGCACUUUAUGAGAAGUCAAACCUUAAUUGCUUGUAAUCGUAGUAGCAAGGUCAGAUUUUAUAUUUUAUUAACAUUAAUUAUUAUUUCUUUAUAUGUACAAAGCCACAUGGGUUUUCAUUUUUAGUUGAGUGAACUUUUAUUUUUAAAGGACAAAAUAUAUCUUAAAGGGACAACAAUACCUACAGUAUGUCAGUGUAUGUCAGGAAAUGCAGUCAGUGUUUUGUGCUCUGAUGGCACACAUUUACACGCAUAAGAAAGUGAGCUUAAAGCAACCUCGGGACUUGAUGUCCAGCUAAAUGUGAAUUAAGGUUAAGGGUUUGAGUGUGUUGAAACCCAGAAUUUUACACACAAAUGCACACAUGCACACACACAUACACAUACACACACACACACACACACACACACACACGCGCGCGCAUCUACCUUAUAGGAAGGCUAAACACUUUAUUCUCUUAUCACCAGUUUGUCUUUGUUACAGUGGCCAUUGUCGUACUUUCAAAAGAACCAACCAUUAAAACUAUGUGGUGUAAAGUAGUGCAUCAGUGCUGAGAUGGUUUAGUGCAAAAAAAGAAAAUACUGUGAAUGCAGCAAAAUACAGUGAACAAAUUAUAUUUUGCCCAAAGGAAUUUACCUGCUAUAAUCCUCUGUAUAAGUUUGAAGAGCACACUGACCACACAUAAAUAAUUCUCUCCAAGGCAUUGCCAUUUUUGAAACAACUGAGAAGAUUUCAAUGUGAAUCAGAUUUCGAGAUAACCAGUUCUGUGAGAGUGUAGAGAGUGUAGCCUGGUGAUUCAUCUGCCAAACUGUCUUGAACAUCUUUAUAUCCUUUCACAGAACAAACACCAGUCUUCUAUGGCAUUGUUGAAAAUGAAGUGGCAUAAAAAUCAAACAAUACAAGAAAAAAUGCCAGAAAUUUGACUGACAUUGAAAAGACACUGUGCAAAACAGCUAAUAUGUAACUGUUAUUUUUUAUUUUUAUUAUUAUUUUUUUUUAAUUAUUAUCUUCAAGGAUGUAGUAUCACAUAUCUGGUCCGAAAAUGGUAAUUCAGUUUAGGCAGACUCCAGAAUGAUCCACGUAUUUCCCUUCUUUGCUACUCAACUCAUACACAGUUGCACAAAUCUGUUUCAUCUUCCCUUUUACCCAGAUAGAAUUUUAUUUUCAUUUAAUUUAAAUCACUGUAGCUACCUGUACAAAGUGAGUUACUUCACUCAGCAUAUCAACACACUUCAUCAGCAUACCUUUUUGUUACGCACUACUUAGUAACCCCAACACACACACACACACACACACACACACACAGCCAGAGAGAGGCACAUGAGUACAUACUAGCCAUGGGCUGUCAGAGAGGCAGUGGUCAGCAGGUUGGAGUGAAGCAGCAUUUUCAUUCACAUGCACACACAGUAGACCUGCUUUUUGGGCCCAGUAUUCUGGUGCUUUCCCCUCUCUCCCUCUUUCUGUACAGUACAGCCUUUUUUGUUCAUCACUACACAGACCCCUGAGCCAUGCCUUUGUGCUUUUUUUGUCCUCAUCCCCCUGUUAGUUUCUGUGGGUAAAAGUGCUGUGCUGAUGAGUUUAGGAAGGAGAGGAAAAGGUGUGCCAGAGUGAUGGACCUAACAUAUAGUAGAGAUGUCUUACUGCCUGUGUUAUGUAUUGUCAAAAGGCAGUUGCGCAUUUUCUUCAGUAACACUAUAUUAUCAAUUAGAUGUUAUCCUGUGAAACCAAACACUGUCAAAGACUGAACUGCAGAGAUUCCUGAAACGCGGAUGGCUCUAGCAGUUCAGCUGGACCUUAUCUGAUGCUUUGUCUUUAGUGAGACCCAUCCCAUUUCCACGAUCCUGACUCUACUAUCAGGUGCAAUUUAACACUUCAAAGACGCUCACAAAGAUAUUGUCCACUUUAGCUUUACUUGAACAAAAAUAAAUAUGGGCUGACGGCCAUAAGUACAAAAAGAGCACAGGCCUGUGUUGAUGGUUAGUAUCCGAAUCAUUUCACUCCAUGAUAAUGAAAUACUAUGAGGUCAGGAAGAAAUUAACAUUAUUAUUUAUUUUCAUUUUUGUCCUUGGUGAAGAGAUUCUGGGUUAUUGUUGAACAAGAGAAGCAAACAUGUGAGGACCCUUCUCAGUAUUUUGUGUGAUUUUUUUUUUUUUUUUUUUUACUUUUUUU